GAGUUUUUUCAUAUCAGCGUCUAUUCCUCAAAGUACUCUCGUCUGGCUACACGAUAUCUACAGCUCUUAACAACGUUACACAUUUGCCAGUUCAUUAGUUAGGUGCCGUAAACAUUACACAGUUAACGUCAAGAUAGCUAAAGCUAAUGCUACACACUGCUUUCCACUACACCAGCCCAGUUGAAUCUGUUUAAAGAGUUGUUGAUUCACGUACAAUGUAUUUAGCCUCCAGUCAUUUUGGAGACUUCAGUUUCUGGUGCCGUUGAACUGUAUUGCAUUAUACUGAGUGGUAUUUCUAGUGUAUGACCUAACCACAUUGGUAUAAACGGGCAAGAUAUGUGAAUAGUAACGUUAACGUCGUGCACGUCUUGUGAUUUACUUAAUAACUAUUUGUACAUUACAAAAUGGAAAAUAAAAGUCAGAGCGAGAUUCUAGGGCUGCAACUAACUAUUUACAUUAUCUAUUCAUCUGCGUUAAUAUUAUAUGAUUUAAUGUAACUAUUAAAAAUGAAAGCUGCUGGUCACCUUGAGUGAUAUAUAGGCCUACAUAUGAAACAUUCAAAAUAAUACAACUAAAUAGAAAUAAUGAUUUUUUUUUUUCACACGAGAUUAUAAAAGGACACCAACGUUGUCUAUUCAGAAUAAAGUUAACAAAUGACAACUGCAGGGUUGUCGGUGACAGAAUGAAUGUAUAAAAUCCCUUUGAUGGUCACUAGAUAGAAGAUAUUAAUAAGCACAUAGAAGUGAAUCAGCAGGGGUUUGUGAAAUUCAAUCCAAGGGCAACUCAAGUAAAAGUACUAAACCUUAAUGCCCUAAAUAGUUCAGUGUCAACGUUCUCUCACACCAGCUCGACCUGUGAUUUUGAUUUAUCAUUUGUCAGGUCCGUGUCUCUGUCUGACGUCUCCGUGUCUUUCUGUCUGGAAUUCUGUGACACAAACAGUAAGUGAUGGAGUUUCCAGAAGGUUUCAACCAGCUUGAGCUGCUGAAUACACACGGACACCUGAUCCCCAGAGGGGCUAGCAGCCUAUGGACCGGAAGCAAGGAUGAGGAGGAAGAGGUGGAAGAGGAGGAGGAGGAGGAGGAGGGGGACCACAGUGAGGGGUGGUAUCUAGAAAAAGAAGAAACUCUCAAAGACAAACCAAAGGUGCUCAUUCUGUGGGCAGCGGAAAACCAACGCCUUGCAACAGUCCACAGGCUGUUAACCGCUGAUCCCUUGCUGGUGCACUGCUGUGAUGAGGACGGAUACACUCCACUGCAUCGUGCAGCAUACAGCGGCCAUGUUGAUGUGGUUUCUGCUUUAAUCGCCGCCGGGUCUAAGGUUAACCCUCGCACCAUCGAUGGCUGGACGCCGCUUCACAGCACCUGCCGCUGGAGCCGCGUCACUGUGGCGAGUUUUCUUCUGCAACAUGGGGCCGAACUGAACGCCCAGACCAACGGUGGACUCACACCGCUGCACUUGGCCGCCUCCGACACCACCGCCUUCAGAACAGACUCUCCUCACACGUUGGAGCUCCUCCUCUCUCAACGUCACCUGAAGCCAGAGCUCUGCAGCAGCAGCGGGGAGACGGCCAGUGAGGUUGCCCGGCGUACUGGCCCACAUCACGCCCUGUUUGAGAUGGUAGAAGACUGUGUCAAUGUGGUACCAUCUCAUUAAUUAAAGAGAUGUUUUUUACCUUCUUUUUUAUAGAGAAGAUUUAAAGUUGAGCAUUAUAUCACUUGCCAUUCAUUACUUGAACUUUUGUAAAUACGUGAAACUAAUGCUGAGUGCACUGCAUUUUAAUAAAGUAGCUUUAUCAAUGCUUAAAGCGCUACAGUGGAGUAAGUAUUUUCUUUGUUUGUUAUUAUAGUUCAAUCUUUUGCUUCAUAUCCAGCCACAGACAGACUGUGUGGUGUCUUUUAAACUGGACAUGCUCAUGGUUUUUUUCGCAGGCAUCACUAUACGCUUUAUAUGUCCCUCGUUUGGUCCAAUGAGGCAGUUGAGGCCAGAUGUUGUGCAGCAUAUGCAGCAGCUGCACAUCUCGACAGUAACUUAUUUGCAAAGGUGAAUGUUUUACUAAUUUUACUUUAUUAAUCAAUUGAUUGAAUCAAGUGCUCAUAGACCAAAAUGACACCAUCACCAUGCUUGUUUUGUCCAAACAAGAAAGCUAUAAAAAAUAAAUUAAAAUUCUUUUUAAAAACUGAUUACUAGGAUUGUCAAAAUAGUUCACGAUUCAUUUUCUGUCAAUCUACUAAUUAAUUUAAUAAGCAUUUCAGCUGUACUUGUCUAUACUGUUGGGUCAUUUAAUUCAUAGUUCUUACUUUUGUGUCCAAAAAAAACAAACUUAAUUUGUAAAGUAACGACUAAAACUGUCAAAUAAUUGUGGUGAUGUAAAAAGUAUAAUGCGUCCCUCUGAAUGUAGGAGUAGCAGUAAAAAGAAAAGACUUGAGUACAAAUACCUUACAUGUUUAGUUAAGUACAGUACUUGAGUAAAUGUUCUUAGUUUAUUUCCACCACUGGAGUUUCAUGGCCCACUGAAGAUCUGACUGGGCUGGAAAUGUUGCCUAUUUAAAUAUAUAAUAUUGUGGUUUGGAGUCAGUGUGCAGACUUUUCUCAAAAAACAGGUUGCUAUCUUUCUGCUGAACAGACUGACUGACUCACAAAACCUUAUGACAACAUUUCAACAGAUACAGUUGUGUGAAAAAGUGU